AUGGAACAUUUGGAGAAGAAGCAACAAGGUGCUAAUCUACCGACUGAAUUUCUGGACAAGUACGGCAACGAUGGCAAGCUUGAUCCUGUGACUGGACGCAAGCAGGAAAUCGAAAGGGUGACCCAGAUCCUCUGUAAGCGCAAAAAAUGCAACCCAUGUCUCGUUGGAGAUCCUGGGGUUGGCAAGACGGUUAUCAUCGAGGGUCUCGCUGCGAAAAUCGUUGCUCUCGACGUCCCUCCAAAGCUUCUUGGGAAGAAGAUAUAUUCAUUAGACAUGGGACGCCUGAUCGCUGGAGCUGCGAACCGGGGAGAAUUCGAGGAGAGGCUUAUCAAAGUGAUUGACGAAGUGAAAACAAGCCAAGGAGCCAUCAUUCUGUUCAUCGACGAAUUGCAUACCUUGGUCGGAGCAGGUGGCUCUGGCCCCUUGGAUGCUGCCAACAUUCUGAAGCCAGCUCUGGCCAGAGGAGAAAUUAAAUGCAUUGGUGCUACGACGGUGGAGGAGUACAGAAACUACAUCGAAAAGGACGGUGCUCUGAAGCGGCGGUUCCAGAGCGUAGACGUCCCCGAGCCGUCUGUUGCUGAAGCUACCGAGAUUCUGCAAGGGCUGCGCUCCAAAUACGAGUCGUUUCAUGGCGUCCGCUACGAAGAGAAGGCUCUGGCAGCCGCCGUCAUGCUGUCCAAUCAGUUCAUGAGGGAGAGGUUUCUUCCCGACAAGGCGAUCGACCUGAUCGACGAAGCCGGAGCGAGAAGCCAUCUCAAUGGAAGUGACGUUGUUACUGUGGCCGACAUUUGUCGGGUAAUUUCCAUGGUGACUAAAAUUCCCCUGGAGUCUGUGACCGCCGACGAGUCCCUUCGGCUUCUGAACAUGGAGGAGAAGCUUCGGCGGCAUAUAAUUGGGCAGGAAGAAGCUGUGAAGGCGGUGAGCAAAGCAGUCCGACGCGCCAGAUCUGGAGUCAGGGAUCCAACCCGACCCGUGGCUAGCUUUCUCUUCACCGGCCCAACCGGCGUCGGGAAAACAGAGCUGGCCAACGCGUUGGCAGUGGAGUUCUACGGGUCGAAGGAAUCGGUGAUUAGAAUCGACAUGAGCGAGUAUAUGGAGAAGCACAACGUCUCACGGCUCUUUGGAGCUCCGCCUGGCUAUAUCGGCCACGAAACCGGUGGUCAAUUGACGGAAUCGAUCCGCCGGAAACCUAGCUCCGUCGUUCUGUUCGACGAAAUUGAAAAGGCCCAUCCCAGCGUCUUCAACGCCCUUCUCCAAAUCCUCGAUUACGGGUCUCUGACGGAAGGGACUGGACGGAAGGCUGAUUUCAGAAACGCGAUCAUCAUCAUGACGUCGAACAUCGGACAGGGCAUUGUGAUAUCGAGGCAAGGGGUUGAAGACGAUGAAGUGAAUUUGAAAGUUGCGGAGGAGCUGAAAGCAAGAUUCCGGCCGGAGUUCCUGAACCGGAUCGACGAGAUUGUAGUUUUCAGGGCGUUGAAGGGCGAGGAGGUGGAGAAGGUCGUUGAGAUUAUGAUUGGGGACGUGACGGAGAGGAUUAGGGUUUCGAAGGGGAUUGAAAUCGAUGUGGAGAAUGGAUUGAAGAGCAAGGUGAUAAAGGAAGGCUAUAGUGUGAGCUAUGGAGCGAGGCCAUUGAAGAGAGCGAUUGUCAGGCUCGUUGAAGAUCCAUUGGCUGAUGCACUUUUGGGUGGGAUUGUUGGGGAAGGCGACUCCAUUACACUGUUCGCCGACGGUCAUGUCUCCCAGAAGUAA